UUUGAGCUCAAUAGUACACGUGCAGAAUGAGAAUGAUUUCAAUAUGUUCGUAAAUACGAUCUUGUUUUGACACACCAACUGUUGGUUUAGAUGCGUGGAUAUUGUCAACUGGUUUGAACAGCGGUGUAUCUAAAUUGGUCGGUGAUGGUAUUUCACAGUAUCGGUUAUUGGCAAAAUAUCCAAAAGAUGUGAUUGCUAUUGGAUUAACACAAUGGGGUAGUUUGACGAAAGACACCCGAAAUCUACUAAAGCAACAGUCUAAAAUGGAUGUUGGUAACAAAUUAAUGAAUCUACAUGACAGUGAGACGCUAGAAUGGAAUCACACGCAUUUUAUAUUGUUCGACAACGGUCAGCUAAAAAGUUACAUGAGUGAUUCUCAACGAUCACAACUGGUAGAAGCUGCUGUCAAUGAUCGAAGUGAGAUUGAUUGUUCAUCGACUGUUCAACAGCUGAUGUUUUUAAAUUUAGGCUAUCCCGUAACAAUCAUUGUUGAGGGUGGUAAAAACACAUUAGAAGUGGUAUUGCACGAUAUAUCAAAGCGUCGACCUGUAGUCAUCAUUCAGACGGAUUAUAUGAGUUUAAAUACAAUAUUCGACAGCGACAAAGCGCCAACAUCAUUCAUACAACUAAAUAAUGCUUAUUCUGCAUGGAUAGGAUCAUUUAUUCACGAAAUAUAUGUAGUGGAGAAAAAAGGAUCUAUACAACGCUUUGGAAGUGAUACACUCUAUUGUUGUUCAAAAGUUUGGAGAAAUUUAUGCAACUGUUGCCCCUGUGUAAAGCGACGAGAUGAUCCUAGUCAUUACGCUGAACUUGGUGAAGAACUCACCAAUUUAGAACGACGUCAAAGUUAUCCAUCAGAUAUAAAAAGCGAAUGGAAUAAUUUUAAAGAGAUAUAUAAAGAGGAAGAAAUGCUCCGAGAUCUGUUUCUAUGGGCAUUGUUCACUACUGAAAUUGAAUUAGCUAAAGUGAUUUUAUUCCAUCUGAAACCGAGGAUAUGUGCAGCUUUGAUUGCUACACGAAUUUACAGACAUUUUUCCAAAGAGGCGAUUAAUGCCUUCACGAAAGAGAAGCUAAGAGAGCAAGCGAUGGAAUUUGAACAAUAUGCUUCCGACUGUGUAGAGAAAUGUUACGCACAUAAUGAAAAAUUAACGUGCGAACUGAUAAUUAGAGAGGUGCCUCUCUUUGGAAAUGUUACCUGCAUGCAGGUUGCUGUUGCCGGUGAGUGUGCCAAAUUUUUUGCAACACCAUGUGUAGAUGAACUAUUAAAUCAAAUAUGUUAUAUGAUGUUGUAUAAAUUCGAUGCACCACGCGAUACAGGCGGACGAUUUCAUUGGACAGAAAUUUACGUGAUUGUUACAAUAUCAGCAAUGCUGUGUGAAGAAUUACGACAGCUAGCGUAUCAUUAUCAAAAUCGAAUGCAGGAGAGGUGGUAUCAGUCAACUUCAUGGCUACUUUCAACGUUUUCUAAAUUAUUCUAUCUAUCACUGUACGCUUUGUUUUACUUGGGCAUUCUGCUUCGGUAUCGAUAUGGAGACACUUUACGUUUAUUGACUGUUGCAAGAAUACUAAUGGCUUUUGAUCUCGAGCUGUGGUAUAUACAAUCGUUGAAAUUUAUUAUUGUACUUGAAUAUCUUGGUCCAAAACUGUUUAUGAUAAAAAAUAUGUUACGUGACCUAGCAGCAUUUGUAUAUAUUAUUUUCAUCUUAAUUGCUGCUUAUGGUGUUGUAUCACGAUCCAUGAUCAGCUAUCAGAAUGUCACAUUUGACGGACGGGGCAUUUUUAGUAACAUCCUAUAUCCGCCUUAUUGGUUUAUUUAUGGGAACACACAAGACGAAUUACAGAAACUAGAUAGUAUGUACGCAAAAAUGAUUGCAAAACACAAGAAGUCGAAUAGUGAUUGGAAUGAAUUCGAAAAUGCAGCCACAUUUACUUAUGCACGAUCUGUAGUUGAGAAGACAAAGCAAAACGAAGCUGAUGCAUUUCAAGAACCAAUAUUAAAGAAGAAUGAAACGGGUGAAGCUGACAAAACAACAGUUGCUGCAAAAGAAGAUUUGCGCAAUAUUCAUCUCGAGUUACAGAAACUAAGCACAAACAUUGGAACCACAGACGUCGGAAAUCAUGCUAGUUCGAGUCAGAAUCAGACAACAAACUCUCCGUAA